CUGCGAUGGAGGGGCUGGGGUCAGUGAUGAUUUAAAUUAUAACCUACGAAUGCCGCAGAAAAUAUUCGAAGGUGAAUUAAAAUUAAAUUCGGAUAUUCAUCGGAGAGAAUUGAUUGCUGAAAAUGUCAGGGCAGUCGAGAAAACUAUUCGAGGCUUUGACGUCGAGAAUCAAUCGUUCACCACUGUUGACAAGUGUUGUGGAGGGUGCUGCUGAAAAAGCUCACCAUCUGCAGAAUAAAGCGACUGAAAAAUAUGACACCUUAGUGAAGCAUGUCCAUGGAAAUACGACAACAAUAAUCCAGGACUUCCACAAGGCCGCCCUCCAGCCUUCUCCUCCUAUCCCCGUGAGACUGGUGAGCUGGUGGAGAUGGUACCAACAAUUAACAGGUCUCGAGGACGUCGAACUCGCGAAGAGACAGGUUAUAGCCGUCCAGGAUAAACUGUUUCACUGUCAGGACCAACGAAGGGACCUCAUGCACCAAGCCCGAACCAUUGCUGAAAAGUUGAAGGACAUUUAUGGAGAGCUGGUGCAGACAAAGAGAGAGGAUCCCAAGUACGUUCAGUUGACGAUAAUGGAGAACAAGGGUCUGCAAGAUCAGAACAGGAUCAUGGGACAGUUACGUUUGUUGGAGAACGAGGAGAGGGAUCAUUUCACUCAGUUGGCAACUGCUAUAAAAGAAUAUCAGGACAGUCAAUCUAUAAAUGCACAAAAGUACAAAUAUUUAUCGAUUCUCGCAUCAGCUGGGAUAGCUGUACUGUCUCUUGGAGGAUCGAUGAUUUAUAAUAAUCGAAGGAUAGCUGAUGUCAGGAAUGUCAUCGCCACCGGGCAAAUUAAAAAUGAAACAUUGUUUCGAGAGUAUUUUGAUUCUUUCGAGAGAACUGUUAACAAACAGCAGGGAUUUUUCAGUUCCUGGAGAAAUGAAACGACUGCGUCUAAACCUACACCUGUGGUGAUAAGCUCACCACCUCAACGUACGUCUAAAAUUGUAGACGAUAAAGUUAUAAUUGUAGGAGCAUUGCUUUUUGUAUGUUAUGUUUUAGGUAGAAUCACUUCGUGAUUGUUGAAUUUUUAUUGGAAUUUAUGGAGACCUGCCAGAGGUUUGAGGUGUAAUAUAGAUAGAUGUGAUGAACGCAUUUGUAUAUUGUAAAAUAAAUUGAAUUAUGAAUA